CACAAUGGACGGCCUCGGAGGCGGCCUCGGAGGAACCGAAGAGAUUCAAUCCACGUGGGAAACCCAACACCAUCCUUCCACACACACAGACAGGCAGACGGACAGAGAACGCGAGUUUAAAAAAAGUUACCUUAAAAAAAGGAAUCACUAAUAAUGGUUUAAACCUUAUGUUCGUCCGUUGUAUUUUGUAGCAAACAAAAAGCCGGGGACGCGAACACCAUUUGCAGGGAGCCGCUGCAAAUGCUCUUUUCAAUAUGGCGAAACAACACGCCUGGGCUCACUCUGCACACCCUCGUUCGCCUUCUUAUCUCUUCUUCUCCGUCGUUGCGCUUUCUUUCCUCUCCCUUAUCGCCCUCCUCAUCUACAAGGUGGAUAAUUUUGCUUCCCAAACGAAAACCAUCGUGGGUCAUAAUUUAGAGCCGACGCCGUGGCAUAUUUUCCCGCCGAAAAACUUCACCGACGAAUCCCGACAUUCCCGGGCUUACAAGAUCAUCCAAUGCUCCUAUCUGACUUGUCGCUACGCCGCCACCGUCGGUGGCGCUCAACCCUCGGAGGGGCAGGAGGAGGAACGACGGGGCUUAGUCUCCUCUCGUACCCCUCCACAAUGCCCAAACUUUUUCAAGUUCAUUUACCGUGAUCUUGAACCAUGGAUGACGACCCGGAUAUCCGUUAACCACAUAAAUGAAGCCAAGGAACACGCGGCGUUUCGUAUCGUUAUUGUUGAAGGAAAAUUGUUUGUCGAUUUGUAUUAUGCUUGUGUACAAAGUAGAUUGAUGUUUACGCUAUGGGGAAUUUUACAGCUUAUCAAAAAGUAUCCUGGGAUGGUACCUGAUGUGGAUAUGAUGUUUGAUUGCAUGGAUAAGCCUACCAUUGAAAGAGCUAGAGUUGAAAAUGGGUCUUUGCCGUUGCCUCUGUUCCGGUAUUGUACGACUGAGGCUCACUUUGACAUCCCUUUUCCCGACUGGUCCUUUUGGGGUUGGCCAGAGGUAAAUGUAGAGGCAUGGGAUGAGCAGUUCAAAGAAAUUAAGAAGGGAUCACAAGCUCAAACCUGGUUGAAGAAGAUUCCCCGUGCCUAUUGGAAAGGAAAUCCAGAUGUUGAAUCUCCAAUACGUCUGGCACUAAUGCAAUGCAAUGACUCUAACUUGUGGGGUACAGAAAUUAUUCGUCAGGACUGGGCGGAAGAAGCAAAGACUGGGUAUGAGCGGUCCAAACUAUCCGAUCAGUGUAAUUAUCGUUAUAAGAUCUAUGCUGAAGGCUAUGCUUGGUCUGUAAGCUUGAAAUAUAUCCUAUCUUGUGGUUCACUUCCUCUAUUAAUUUCCCCACAAUACGAAGAUUUCUUCACUCGUGCCCUCGUUCCCAAGUUAAACUACUGGCCUGUCUCUAACAUUGAUUUAUGUCGCUCCAUAAAGUUUGCUGUUGACUGGGGUAAUACAAACCCGUCUCAGGCAGAGGCAGUCGGGAAAAGAGCGCAACAUCUGAUGGAAAGUUUAAGCAUGGAUCGGGUUUACGAUUACAUGUUUCACCUGAUUUCAGAAUAUGCAAAGCUGCAAGACUUUAAGCCUGUCCCGCCCUCAUCAGCUCAGCAAGUAUGUGAAGAAUCCUUGCUUUGCUUCGCAGAUGACAAGCAAAAGGAAUUCCUUAAGAAAUCAGCAGUGACUGAUGGUUCAUCAACGCCGCCCUGCACCCUUAUCAAGCGUCCCAACCCUAAUUUUUUCACCAUUUGGAAUGAUCAGAAGAGGAAAAUAAUUGAUAAUGUGAAAGAUAUGGAGAACAGAGCAAAUGCAGCCAUCACCUAGAUGACAUACCUAAUGAAUUUAUGUCUGCACUUAGUCAUUUAUACAGAAAUUCUUUUAAAUCCUUUUUACACGUUAUUUUUUAUAUUUAUAUUUAUAUUUAUACGACCAAAAAAAAAAAAAAAACCCCAAAUGAAAUGGAAGUGGUGGAACUACAAACUUGGGUUGCAAAUUUAGUUAAAAUUAAUUUUU